AUGGCAGACACAAAGGAGAGAAAUCAAACAUCCAUCACAGGAUUUAUCCUCCUGGGCUUCGGGAAUCUCCAUGAACUGAAAAUUCUUCUCUUCCCGCUGUUUCUAGUGAUCUACAUUGUAACAGUGGCUGGGAACAUCCUCGUUGUUGCACUAGUUGUGUCUGAUCAGCACCUUCACACCCCCAUGUACUUCUUCCUGGGGAACUUGUCCUGCUUGGAGACCUGCUACACCUCCACCAUCCUGCCCAGGAUGCUGGCAGGUCUACUCACUGCAUUGAUAAAACUGUCCUGCAGUGACACCAGCUUGAUGGUUCUUGUGAUUUUCCCUGUCUGCUUCAUAUUCAUUCUUCCCCCAUUUCUAUUAACCCUGGCAUCUUACGUGUAUAUCAUCAGCACUGUCCUGAGAAUCUCUUCCAGCAUUGGGAGGCAAAAGGCUUUUUCCACCUGCUCCUCUCACCUCAUCGUGGUGACAAUUUUCUAUGGGACUCUAUUCGUUGUCUACAUGCUCCCAGACACUGCUGCACUGCGAGACCUGAACAAAAUGUCCUCUGUCUUUUACACCAUCCUGACUCCCGUGGUCAAUCCCCUCAUCUACAGCCUGAGAAACAAGGAGGUCAAGGAGGCCCUGAGAAAAGCUCUAAGUAAGAUUAUGGCUUGUAUAACCAAUCACAAACUUUUUUCUCGACAUUUAUUGUAAGUUGCAAUAAAAUGGAUAUAAUGGGAGCUCAUCAAGUGGUGUAAUAUAGCAAAUCACAGCGCACGUGGGAGCCCUGAAUUAUUCGAGCUGUUCUAUUAUCCAACAGUGAGAC